AUGGGUAUUCUUGUAUUUGAAAAUAAUUUUAAUGAAAUAUCAUGUAAACAUUAUACAACAGAUGUAUAUGGCUAUGUUUUGAAAUUCUUCGAAAAUCUAAAGCAUUUAUCUAUUAUAGGAUCAUUUCCUAAGUCUUUUCCACCUUUAAUACUUCGUGAUUUACCUUUAACUACUUGCUACUCUUCAACUAUUUACAAAUUAUGUAUUCAUGUAAUGUAUUAUGAUGAUGUUUUUGCUUUACUUGAUGGUCGCCUCAAUCAAUUAAAUACAUUAAAUGUUGUUAUUAUUAAUGAGGAAUGUAAUUCAACGAAUGUUUACAAAAUGAAUAAUCUACCUGAUUUGAAAUGUUUUUAUUUACAAUAUGAUUGUUUAAGUGAUAUAUAUGAUAGUCAAAUUUUACCUCUUUUACGUCGUAUGUCAAAUAUUGAAUCAUUAAAUUUAUAUCUUACUAUUGAUAAUCAAACUACAUUUAUUGAUGGUGAACACAUUUAUAAUGAAAUUAUUGUUCAUAUGUCACAACUUCAAACACUUAACUUUUGUUUUUGUACCUUUAUUCAAUUCGAUUAUUUAGUUCAUCAUUUAUUUAAAGAUGAUAUUCUACAAACUUUUUCUAACAUUAUGUGUCAACAAGUGGAUUGUAUGAUCAACUAUCGGCGUUAUGAUGUCAAAUAUCAUGUAUUUUCAUUAACAUUCAUGUUUGAUUAUCUUCCACUUAUUGAUAAUAUAUUUCCAAAUAUUAUUUUCAAUCAUGUUAUAAGGUUGAUGUCUUUUCCUUUACUUAAAGAAUUACAUGUUUUUAAUCUUAUGUCACAGUCAUCAAUAUCAAACAAAUUAAACUCUAAUGAUAAUCAAUUACAUUCAACAAUUACUGAAUAUCCUUAUCUUACUUUGCUUAAUCUUGGAUUUGUUCAUCAUGAUUAUAUCGAUCAAUUUCUUAAUGAUAAAAAGCACAUCUACCUCGCCUAA